AUGAUGAGCAAGUAGAGCAUGUUCUGGCGUAGGCUCGAAUUAUGAGAAUAGUCAGCAGCCAGGCUUGAGACAAUAAGUAGCGUUCGGAUUGCAGCUCAAAAAACGCCGGUUGCAACGGCGGCGGAGCGUUGCGUUAGUCAAAGUAAACUCCACGACCGACCUCGGGCGAGCUAUAUAAGCACCACCAGCCCCUCCCCCCUCUCUCGCCCUUCGUCCAACAGACCCAACCAAUCAUCCGAUAUGAAUUCUCCGGCGACUUCGAAGGCGGCGGCAAUGGCUUCGGCCCUCAUCCUUCUCUCGCAGUUUCUCCUCCUCGUCCCCUCCGCUCAAGGAGGCGUCGUAUGCGAGAAUCUGCCGCAAGAUUUGUGUGCCUUCGCUGUCUCGUCGGAGUCGAAGCGGUGCGUGCUGGAGAGCAGCCAGCGGGGGGAUGGACUGACGGAGUAUCAGUGCCGGACAUCGGAGGUGGAGGUGGAGCGGGAGAUGAAGGACUGGAUCGAGACGGACGAGUGCGUGGGGGCCUGCGGCGUCAGCCGUGGCGUCGUCGGGAUUUCCUCCGACGCCCUCCUGGAGCCCGACUUUGCCGGCAAGCUCUGCUCCGCCGCCUGCUACCAGAACUGCCCCAACAUUGUCGACCUCUACUUCAAUCUCGCCGCGGGCGAAGGUGUCUUCCUACCUGAGCUUUGCAAGGUGCAAAAGGAGAACCCCCGGCGUGUCAUGGCGGAGCUUCUCAGCUCCGGCGCAGCGCUGGGCGCUUCUUCUGCUCCUGUUCCUGCUCCUGCCCCGUACUACACUUAAUUACUACUUGUAAUUUAUUUUGGAUAUUGUUUCUCCGCUCCUCUUAGUUUCUAUGCGUACGUAUACCAUUUGGUGUUUUUAUUACA